AGGUAUACGGCGUAGGGACGUGUAUCGACGAGAAUGGAAUGCUUUGAGACUGAUAGACUAAGACGAUCAGCGAGGACGGCGGGGUCCCAUGCAGCAGCAGCCAACAUGGAAGAGCAGAGUCCGAGGCAGAGGAGAGGGAAGCACAGCGCUGCUGCUGGGCUGGCUAGGCUGGGGUGUGGUACGCGCUCGACGUUGUGCUGGACGAGCUGGGCAGCCGGUGCUUUUGUUGUUUUGCCAGACGAAUACGAGUCUCACUCGGCAGCGAGCUGAACGAUCGGAUUGGCCGCAGACGGAGAUUCCACCGGACAGUCGUGCCUGGUCUUGCAUGGAUUCGACCGCAUACGAUACGUCCCAGUGAGUUCCGCUGCCCUCUGUCUCUCUCUUGAAUCUCGGGCGGCUGGUAUCUCAGAUCUUGAAAUCUUUUGUCCACGUCAAAAUAUUGAAAUUUUCCAGGUAUAACAAAGUAUCCAGUUUGGGUGGACAAAUUAAU